AUGGUCGCAUUAACACAAGAAUCAAACACUAUAAUCCCACCAAAGAUGGGCGACCCAGGCAGCUUUACAAUACCCUACUCAAUAGGAGGAAUCUACAUUGGUCAAGCAUUAUGCGAUCUCGAGGCAAGCAUAAACUUAAUGCCCCUUUCAAUCUUCAAACAAUUGAAUGUAGGUCAGCUGACACCCACGAUGGUGACUCUCCAACUUGCAGAUAAGUCCCUGGUACACCUUGAAGGAAAAUUGAAGGAUGUCUUAGUGACAAUCGAAAAAUUCAUUCUACCUGCAAACUUCAUCAUUCUAGAUUAUGAAGCGAAUAAAGAUGUACCAAUCAUAUUGGGACGACUAUUCUUGUCUACUGGUCGUGCUCAAAUAGAUGUGCACAAGGGAGAAAUCACAAUGAGCAUCAAUGGAAAGAAGUUACGGUUUAAUAUUAUCAAGGCAAUGAAAUUCCCAGAAGAUGAAGGCUUAUCAGAUUCCGACGAUGAACACACUUACGUUGAAGAUUUAGAGUACGAGGAAGAAAAUAAAGAAAGAGAGGAUGCGACAACAUCCUUAUAA